GGGAGACCCCGAGAAGAGGACGGGAGACCCCGGGAGCGCGUGCACGGCGGGCGAGGACGCACUUCGGCCUGACGGCUCCGCGGCGCGGCGGGCUCCAAGGAGGGUGCGGGAAUUCCGGUCCGGCGGGGUGCGCUGCGGGUCCGCCCCGCUCCGCCCGCUCGGCGCUCGGCCUCCGAUUGCUCGGGCCUGGCCGCCACCCCUGGGGUCGACGGCCGAGCGCGUCGCUCUGUUCCCGGCCGCGUCGGCCUCGGGCUUCCUCUCGCCGCGUUCGUCCUGGGCUCGGCGCGGCUCCCUCGUUCGGCCCGGCUGCACGGCGGCCUGGCCGAUGGCGCCUCAGCGGAGGGGCGCGCCCAAGGCGCCCGAGGGCAGCGGGGCUGCCCAGCGCCGGCGCCGGAACAGUACGAAGAGUGUCCGGGCACCGAGGGAGAUGUGGAGGAAGUGGCUGAGAGCUGCUGUCCUGGGGGCCUGCGCUGCCCUCGCUGCACUCUUGCUCUGGUGCAGUCUAGGGGGUGAUGAUGGUGUCACUGAGGUCCUGGCUCACCGUGGCGAGGUGCUGCUGGGCAGGUUCAUCGAGGUGCCCUGCUCCGAGGACUAUGACAGUCACCGAAGGUUCGAAGGCUGCUCCCCUAGGAAGUGUGGCCGGGGCGUCACUGACGCUGUCAUCACCAGGGACGAAGCCCAGCGGAUUCGCAGCGUAGCAGAGAAGGGGCUGUCGCUGGGAGGAUCGGAUGGAGGGGCGUCCAUCUUGGACUUGCACUCGGGGGCCCUGUCUGUCGGGAGGCACUUUGUGAACCUGUACAGAUACUUUGGGGAUAAAAUACAAAAUAUCUUCUCAGAAGAGGACUUCCAGUUAUACCGGGAUGUGCGGCAGAAGGUCCAGCAUGCAAUCGCCCAGGCUUUUGGCAUCAGUGCGUCCUCGCUGUACCUGACAAAGCCCACGUUCUUCUCCCGCAUCAACAGCACAGAAGCGCGGACGGCUCACGACGAGUACUGGCAUGCUCACGUGGACAAGGUGACCUACGGCUCCUUCGACUACACCUCACUGCUGUACCUCUCCGACUACUUGGAUGACUUCGGCGGGGGGCGGUUUGUGUUCAUGGAGGAGGGAGCCAACAAGACGGUAGAGCCCAGAGCCGGCCGGGUGUCCUUCUUCACCUCGGGGUCCGAGAACCUGCACCGUGUAGAGAAGGUCCAUUGGGGCACCCGCUACGCCAUCACUAUUGCCUUCACCUGCAACCCUGACCAUGGCAUCGCAGACCCAGUGUUCACGUAGCCCGCGUGGUCCGUGGCACCCUCACUGAACAUACGCCCUAUUCCCUCCCGUUUCAGCGCAUUUCCAUUGAACAAGGUGCCUUAUGAAUCAUCAGGAUUUUGA